AUUAAAUAUAUUUUAUAUAUUUUUGGGAUAUUAAAAGACCAAAAACCCUAUGGCUAUAACUACAGCCCAUUGUUCUUAAAUGAAGCCGUUGUCUUAGCAAAAUGGUUGUUGAAAUAACUGUCUUGUGCAGGACGAAUGCAGAUCAUCGAAGGUCUGUAGCAGCCUGUUUGGUUCAGGGCGUCUACAGUUUGCAGCAUGACCGCCAUCGCCAUGAGAAGCGUGAAGAUUCACAAGCUCUGGCUCCUCCUUGGUGGGAGUCCUUUCAUUUUGAGUUGCUUGAUCGACUUGUUGAUGCUGCUGAUCUUUCCAUCUUCGGUGCCAUUUACGAAUAUAAACCUCCGACCUCUCAUUAUAAUGACUCAAUUGAAAAGCGCCCUCGUUAUGUAAUUGCUUUCCGAGGUAUCCUGACCGAAGAAGACACUAUCGCAAGAGACGUUGAGCUGAUUUUCCACUUAAUCCGAAAUGGACUCCACCAAAAAUCUCGCUUUAAGAUUGGCGUGCAAGCUGUUCAAGAUAAGGUAGCUGCUGUUGGUGAUUCAAAUGUCUGGUUGGCUGGACAUUCCUUAGGGGCAGCCAUGGCAAUGCUGGCUGGAAAGACUAUGGCCAAAA